AUGAAUUAUGAACUUUUUCUUGUCUUGAUUUGCAGAAUUUCACUAAUUAACGGACAAUUUCCGAUCACAACGAACAUAAAGACGCCUAAUGGGGAGUUAAAAGGCGUUGCGAGAGAUCAUUUUUUGGCUUUUGAAGGAAUUCCCUAUGCUGAGCCGCCUGUUGGGGAUUUGCGAUUUGAGCCUCCAGUUCCUUUUCGGUCAAAUUGGGAUGGCAUUCGUGACGCGUCAAAAGUAGGCAAUCCAUGUCUCCAAUGGUGUCACUCCUUGGUAGAUGAAGCUGACAAAACGUAUGGCGACGAGGAUUGUUUGUACAUGAACAUUUAUGUGCCGCAAAAUUUAACGGAAAAAGUUCCCGUAAUCCUGCAUAUUCCCGGAGGAGGUUUCAUGUUUGGGCAAGGCGACACCUACGGACCCGAAUACAUCACAACGAGACCUUUGAUUUUUGUCAACUUUAAUUAUCGCGUUGGACCUUUGGGUUUUUUGUCAAGUAGCGAUGCACUGAUUCCCGGCAAUAUGGGAAUGAAGGAUCAAGCAGUCGUUUUGAAGUAUGUGAAAGAAAAUAUCGCUCUUUUUGGAGGAGAUCCGGAAAAAAUCACGUUAACGGGAUAUUCGGCGGGAAGUGUUUCAGUUCAUUUACAUUUGCUGAGCGAAAUGUCGACGGGAUUGUUUCAAAAUGCGAUUUCUCACAGCGGAACAGCGCUGGAUUGUUGGGUCAUGCAACAUAAUACCGAAGAAAAAUUCGAUUUUGUCGUUCAACGAACGGGAUGUCAAAACGAGGAUCGUCAGAAAAUCGUUGAUUGUUUGAAAAAAGUGCCUGGAAGUGAUAUCGUUCGUUUAGUAGAAGAGCUUCAACCAUUUCUUUUCAAUCCUUUUAACGUUUUUGGUCUUGUUCCUGAGACAACAGCACAAAAUGGGACUCCUUUCAUCACCGAUUACCCUCGAAACCUCAUAAAAGCUGGAAAAAUCCAAAAAGUUCCGUGGAUUCUGUCUGAAACAAAGGACGACGGAUUGUAUCCAGUAGCGCAAUUCAUCAGAAAACCCGAGUACCUUCCAUUUAUCGAUAAAAAUUGGGAUUUUGUGUCUCCGAAUCUGCUUCAUUACAAUCGAACCAUCCCCGAUGACAAAAUGAACGAAGUUAGCGACUUGAUACGAAAACAUUACAUUGGCGACGAUCCAAUCGAUGAAAAAUCUUACCAAAAAUUAGUUGAUAUCUCAACGGAUCGCAAUUACCACAUUGGCGCUGAUGAAACGGUAAAAAUCCAAGGAAAAUAUAUGCCAAUGUACAUGUAUUAUUUCACCUUUAAAUACAGCUACGGCAUCGCGGAGCUCUUUGCGGGAAAACGAUCUCCUCUAUUGGGUGUCGGGCAUGGGGACGACGCGCUGCUUGUGGUAUAUGUUCCUCCAACGAAGCACGAAAUGACCCAAGAUGAGCUAAAAAUGCAAGGAAUGUUACUCGAUAUGUAUGAAAAUUUCGCAUAUAACGGGGAACCAAAAUUGGGCGAUUUUACUCUCAUCCGUUCGGAAUCUGCAGAUUUCUUGAAAUACACUGAAAUUGCUGGACCAGAUGACAUCAGCAUCAAAUCAAAUGACAACUUUGGCGAUAAUCAAUUCUGGAAAACUAUAAAAUUUGAUGAGCCAUAAAGUUGAUAAAUCACCAAAACUCGGU